CUAGCAGCAGCACAGCCACGUCAAGGCAAAAUGCUUCUUUUUGGCCCUUCGCGGCUUCCGUAGUUAGUUCUGCAGCCCGUUUGUUUUGCCUGUAAAUUGCUUGUCAGGUCCAGAACCUGCUGUAAGCUGUGGCAUCAUGUCUGACAAAAGUGAGCUGAAAGCAGAGCUUGAAAGGAAGAAGCAGCGCUUGGCACAAAUCAGAGAGGAGAAGAAAAGGAAGGAGGAGGAGCGCAAGAAGAAAGAGGCGGACCAAUUGAAAGAUGCUGCACUUCACCAGGAUGAUACUGACCUGGAGAAAAAAAGACGUGAGACUGAGGCUCUUCUACAGAGUAUGGGCAUAACCUCAGAGGCUCCUGUUGUCCCUCCUCCCAUGUCUCCAACUACGAAAUCGGCGGGCACACCAAGUGAGGCAGGGAGCCAAGACUCUGAUGGAGCCGUGGGACCCAGGACUCUGCACUGGGACUCUGACCCGUCCACUCUUCAACUUCACUCUGAUUCUGAGCUGGGGCGUGGAACUGCAAAACUGGGAAUGGCCAAAGUCACACAAGUGGACUUCCCUCCACGUGAAACUGUGUCCUACACAAAAGAGACGCAGACGCCGGUCCUGACCCAGCAAAAAGAAGAGGAAGAAGAAGAAGAAGAAAUUGCUCCACCUCAACCAGCAGGCGAGACUCAGACUGAGAAACCGGACCAGAAAGAGGAGGAGGAAGUGCCCCCCCACGAGCUGACAGAGGAGGAAAAACUCCAGAUCCUACACUCCGAGGAGUUUGUGGAUUUCUUCGAUCACAGCACUCGCAUUAUUGAGCGGGCUCUAUCAGAGCACGUGGACCUCUUCUUUGACUACAGUGGUCGUGACCUGGAGGAGAAGGAGGGUGAAAUCCAGGCCGGAGCAAAGCUCUCUCUCAACAGGCAGUUCAUGGAUGAGCGCUGGUCAAAGCAUCGUGUCGUCACCUGCCUGGACUGGUCCCUCCAGUAUCCUGAACUCCUGGUUGCCUCGUACAACAACAACGAGGACGCUCCUCACGAGCCAGACGGCGUGGCCUUGGUGUGGAACAUGAAGUACAAGAAGGCUACACCGGAGUACGUCUUCCACUGUCAGUCUGCUGUUAUGUCGGCCGCGUUUGCCAAGUUCCACCCUAACGUUGUGGUGGGGGGCACAUACUCGGGGCAGAUUGUACUGUGGGACAACAGGAGCAACAAGAGGACCCCGGUGCAGAGGACUCCCCUGUCAGCAGCAGCACAUACGCACCCAGUAUACUGUGUGAAUGUGGUCGGCACACAGAAUGCCAACAACCUGAUCAGCAUCUCCACUGAUGGCAAGAUGUGCUCCUGGAGUCUGGACAUGCUCUCCCAGCCACAGGACAGCAUGGAGCUGGUGUUCAAGCAGUCCAAAGCUGUAGCUGUCACCUCCAUGUCUUUCCCUCUCGGAGAUGUCAACAAUUUCGUGGUGGGAAGCGAGGACGGCUCUGUCUACAUGUCGUGUCGUCAUGGAAGCAAAGCGGGCAUCAGUGAGAUGUUUGAGGGCCACCAUGGGCCCAUCACAGGGAUCAACUGCCACACAGCUCCAGGGCCCCUGGACUUCUCCCACCUGUUCGUUACCUCCUCUUUUGACUGGACUGUCAAGCUGUGGAGCACCAAGAACAACAAGCCACUAUACUCAUUUGAAGACAACUCGGAUUACGUGUACGAUGUCAUGUGGUCUCCGACUCACCCCGCUGUGUUUGCUUGUGUGGACGGAGUGGGUCAUCUCGACCUGUGGAACCUCAACAAUGACACCGAGGUUCCUACCGCCAGCAUCACAGUAGAGGGUAACCCAGCCCUCAACAGGGUCAGAUGGGCUCAUUCUGGCAGAGAAAUCGCUGUGGGAGACUCUGACGGACGAGUUUGUGUGUAUGAAGUUGGAGAGCAAAUUGCGGUACCACGGAACGACGAGUGGACCCGUUUCGUUCGCACGCUGGCAGAGAUCAACGAGAACAGAGAUGAUGCAGAGGAACUGGCAGCUCAGCGCCUGGCUGCCUGAUCUACUCGCCAUGGACGCGAUGCUUAAGGGACCAGUGGUGUGCUUGUUGAUAUCAGUUUUGAUGGAAGGAAAAGAUUCAAUGACAACAUGAAUGGAGGAAAAAGAUGACGUUUUGAUCAGAAAGAAAUGCGGAUAUCUUUUGAUUUCUUUACACCUUCUUAUUUGGACUCUGCCUUCUCAGUUAGCUGGACCGUCACCAGUCUUCCUUGGACUAACACGAGCCGACAGGGCUAUCAACCUCAGACACUAACACGAAGCCAUAUUCACAAACACAAACCAGUCGCCCUUUCUUCAACCGGUUGCCUUAAACUUUAAUUUUACUCUUGAUUGUAGAACCCUACCUGUCUUUAUUUUGGGCGUUUAAGUGAACACAAGCCUUAAUUAUGAGUUAAGUUUUUGAACUGUAACAGGUGCUCCACUCCACAUAUUCAUGAAAAACUCCACCAAAGUUGUAGUAAAGCAAUCACAUCUGUAAACACCCAGGAAUGUAAACUUCUUAUAACUGUAGCCAUGUUGUCAUCUCUGUCCUUUUGACGUAAUAACCUAAAUAUUCACUUGUUUGUAAAAUACUAAAAUCCAAAUGUCUUUCUACUUCUAUAUUCUAUAAUGCACCACUUUUCUCUUAAUCAGUGCAGCUGGUUAGACCUGAGAUAGUUGGAAUAUCCUCAUUGCCUAAGAAGAUGAUCAUGUAUGCUGUAACUGCUCAGUGAUUUCUCAGAGAUCUGUAAUGUAUUGUUUUCCUGAAGAAUCUCAAAGCCUGGUGUCAAAACUGAGAAUGUACUUUUCACACAGUAGAAACAAACAGUUUGAAUGAUUUAUUUCAAUAAAAUACAAUAAAUACAUUUAAAUUA